AUGUCGCUUCUCAUAGCAGUCGCCAAAGCUGCCCAGUUUACCGAUGCUUUUCUGACGGGACUGUUGAUCCCUCUUAUCCCUACGAUUCUAGAAACCAGGGCCGGAGUACACCAUAAACAUGUGCAAUUUUGGACAUCAAUCCUCAUCUCAACAUAUGGUGGCGCAUUCGCUGCAUUAUAUUCAUCCGUCCCCUACCUAACCCGCCAAGGCCCUCUCCUCUGGGUCCUCCUCUUCGGCGGGCUCGGUCUAGCAGCAGGCUCCUUUGUCCUCUUGCAGUUCCACUCCAACCUAUUCUUCCUCGUCCUCUCGCGCGCCCUACACGGUAUCGCAGGUGUGGCAAUUGCGAGAGCUAGCGCCAGCUUGGUGGCCGGCGUGGUCUUGACUUACAGCAGCGAAGAUGACGAAGAUGACGACGAAGAGCAUGAAGACGAUGAUGGAACCACUGCUGUCGACGUGUUGACAUGGAUGACGCCCGCGUUUAUCCAGAGUUUCGCCAUCUCGAUCGGCCCGGUAUCUGCGGGAUUGCUGCAUGGUUUCUUUGGCGGACAGGCGGCCGUGUUUACGCUGGCUUAUGCGAUCAUCGCUUUGACGCUUGUGUUUGGCGGGCUCGUGGCGGUUGUCACGCCCCCGGGAAGGUAUCCGCGGACAAGAGGCGAUCGACAUGAGGCGGAGGGGCUUCUGACUUCUCAGGAAGACUCUCAGAAUUAUGGGACUCUCUCCUCCCGCGGCGGGUAUUCCUCAAGAGAAGUGUCUCCCGGCCAUGUCUCACGCCAGUCGACGAGACGACCCAGCUUAGCGGCUUCCGAGGUCACUGUUCCUCAGAAGGGAGCACUCGGCCUGCACCCGUCUGUUUUGCGCCUCAUUGUACCGAUGGGAGGAUACGUCGCCCUCAGUCUGAUCGGUUCGGCGCUACAGAGUGUGUUGCCGAUCUUCGUGCAGCGGACAUUCGACUGGCCUAUGGCUGCCGCUGGCUUCGUCUUCGUCCCCCUUUCGGCUCCGGCAGCUUUGGUCGGUCUUUUAACGACUCCUCUUACGAAUCGGUACGCGCAGGCCUCUCGGCUCUUGACAGCAUUUGGCUUCAUCGCGGCCGGUCCGGCUUUUACUUGUUUGGGCGGUUUGACUCAGAACAAGAUGACCGUUCAGACGGCUCUACUGGCUACCCUUGGCUGGAUCUCCGUAGCCUUGGGUCUUUGCGGCGAGCCGCUCGUGAAGGAGAUUAUCGAAGCAGUCGCCGGAGGAGAUGAUGUAAUUGGAGUCGGCGGCCUCUCAACCGGUGCGGCAAAGGCCGAGAGUCUUCCUAGUCUCGCCAAUGCCUGGGGCAGCUUCGUUGGUCCGCUGAUUGUUGCAACCGUCAUGGGAGUUUCUGGGUGGACAGGUCUGACUACGACACUCUCAUGGUUGUGCGGGUGCGCCGGACUAACCGCAUUGUUUUUCUUGGGCGGGUUGCUUACCGAUGCGGAUUUCGAGAGCGCUAGAACAUCAUCGUCCGCAGAUUCGUCCGACGAGGAGGCGGCACCUUUGCUCCAGGACAAGCAUGAUCCGUCCGACAGGUCGCCUUACUCUUAUCAAGAUGCCCAUACAAGCCAGAAUGGGGGUCUUGGUAAACUUCAGAAUGGGGUCCUUCAUGCUCCUCCCAAAACGGAGCAGAGCAACAUGACAUCCGGAUCAAGCAGCACCUCCGCAACCAAGGCCCGCCGCCGACAGUUCAGUAUAGACAACUUCUCUCUUGCCACGACCACGCAGUCCACAAUGCCGCCAGGCGAAAGCUUCAUGUCGGACGGCUCAACAGCCUCCUCCUCCCAAGUCCGCUUCCAAGCAUCCCUCGAGACCGACAUACCGGUCCCGGCACGUCUCAAGCACCCCGAGCGUCUCGCGCUUAUGAAGCAAGUUCCUCAUCUGCCUGAAACGGAUCCUCUCCUAGCUACCGGGAACCGCUACGUCACCGACAUCUCCUCGAGUUCCAGGAAGCACGUGGUGGUGUUUGAAGAGGGCGCGGCCCCGCCUGAGCUACUCCGGAGUCGGCCACACCAUAUUGUGGUCAUCAAUCACGAUAACACACCUGAGAUAUUGUCGCAGGUGGAUCCGAAGUUGCAUGAUCACGCGAUGCACAUCACGGAAGAGACGACAGGCGAGACGGCCGAGCAAGAGCUACCGGAAGGGUCGAAGCGGUACGUGGUGGUCGUGCUGAACGAAGGCGAGACGGGGCUGGAAAUGACUGACUGA